UAAUAAUUUUAUAUUUGUUCAUGCGACCAUUUAGCAAACAACUAACAAUAUUUGGCCAUGAACAAACAAUACCAACAUUUUAGUAGGUGUUCUAUAGGCCACAAAUUUGAAUAGUAAAACAAAAAUGAACAUUACAAAAUAGAAAAGUAACGAAUAAUAAUGUAAAAACAAAAAAGGAGCAGAGUAUCCGUCGCCGUCAUCCACCGACGGAACCCUCUCCACCACCAUGAACACCACCUUAACAAUAAUCCAAACCCUUAAUUUCUACCUUUCAGAACACCCUUCCAUCGUCGGAUUCCGAUGGAGCCACACUCAAUCUUGGGGUUCCACAUGGUCCUUCCUCGUCAUCUCCAUCGUAUUUUACAUAACAACCUCUCUUUUUCUCCACCUUCUAUUAACCCUUGUUGUAAACCGUAACAAACUCAUCCCUCUCGGUCCUUUACCUGCUCUCCAUUCCCUCACCGUAACCAUAAUCUCCACCACCAUUUUCGCCGGAAUAUUACUCUCCUCCGUCGCUGAAAUCAAAGAAACAAAUUGGUUCUGGCGCCGAUCGAAAACCCCUCUUCAAUGGUUCCUAUGUUUCCCUUUAGGAACACGUCCCUCCGGUCGUGUUUUUUUCUGGUCCUACAUUUUCUACCUAACACGUUUCCUUCAUAUGUUAACAACCUUUUUCGUCAUUCUAAAACGUCGUAAACUUGCUUUCUUUCAACUCUUUUACCAUUCCAUUUCGACUUUCAUGUCUUUUCUUUGGCUCGAAUACUCUCAAUCUUUUCAAGUGCUGGCGAUUGUUUUCACCACUUUGGCGUAUUCUGUUAUGUACGGUUACAGAUUUUGGACCGCGUUUGGGUUGCGUGGCGCGUGUUUCCCACUCGUUUUGAAUUUUCAGUUGCUCUUGUUGGGGUGUAACGUUGUUUGUCAUGUUGGGGUUCUUUUGUUGCAUUUUUUUAGAGGUGGGUGUAAUGGAAUUGGUGCUUGGGUUUUCAAUUCUUUUUUGAAUUGUGCUAUUUUGUUUUUGUUUCUUAAGUUUUAUGUCAGGGUUUAUCUUGGCAAAAGGAAAAAAGAUUAAGGUUGUUGGAGAUUUCAAAUACAAUCAAAUUCAAGUCCAAUUAAGUAGAAGAAAAGGGCUUUGAGAUGAGGAGAAGGGUGCUUAAGGCAAGGUGAAUGUAAUUAAUUGGUAUGUUUGAAUUAACGGUGAUUACGUUGGAAUUACAUUUCUCAAACUCACCGCAAAAUCAAUCAUGCGCUGGCUAUUAAUGUUUAGAUUGGUGGUGAAAUCAUACCCAUUAUUGCGAUUUUGACAAUACUUUAGAGUAUGCCAAAAUCCACAAUACAUGCACAAAGUUUUGUUGGUGGGGUCGGCUUUAUUUUUUUGUGAAAAGCUGCGUAGAGGGUAUAAGGCAAUACUCGUAGAAAAGGUAGUUUGAAUUUUUGUUAAGUAAUUAAUAAGAUACAUUAUUAAUCUGAGUGAUUUUAAUAUAAUCACUAUUGAUCUCUCUCAUGAAUUAGAGUUUUUCAAUUAACUCAUUUUGAUCUA